UGGAAACAAAAAAGCGAAAACAAUAACACCUCUUACGAGCACAUCGCAAUCGAGCAAAAGACUCCUUUAUCAGCUCUCGGAGCACUCGGUCGGAAGUCAGUUGAAUCUCAACUGCUUCAGGGGCAGCAUCCUCGUCUCGUAGGCAGCCAAGACAUAGACUACCCGAAGUCGGUUAUCUCCCAGGACUCUGGCUGAAUUGUUCUAGUUUUUGUUUUUCAAUCGUUUUCUGUGUACUGUGAAGUUCUUCAAAUUUACACAAAAAAAGUGACCAGUGAUAAUUUCGAUUGCAAUUCGAAGCCAAAAACACGUGCGGAAAUUAUGUGUCUGUUAGAAACACGUUUGUGAUAAACAAUUGGACAUAGUGAUCGUCAGAUGCAGUAACUGUGUGUGCAAGUCCUGAUAAGCCUAAACGAACAGAGGAAAACUCCAGAAUGACCUCCAAUUGCGAGAUCACGGUCACCAGCCCGCAGGAGGCCCAGACCAAGAGCAGUAUCAUUGUGGUGUCAAAUCGGUUACCAUUCGUACUGAAACGAGAUCCCAAAAGUGGCAACCUCAGCCGUAAUGCUAGCGCUGGCGGUUUAGUAACGGCGGUAGCUCCAGUCGUCAUCAAGGGCAAAGGUCUUUGGGUCGGAUGGUCUGGCAUUACAUUGUCCGAUAAGGACCAAAUCCCCGAAUCCGAUCCCUCGGAUCGAACACCCACUGCGGGCUUACUUUCGGAACAGGUCGUAUCGGUGAACGUUGAACCGGUACUGUUCGACAGCUAUUACAACGGAUGCUGUAAUGGAACGUUCUGGCCACUGUUCCACUCGAUGCCCGGCCGAGCUACGUUUAACGCAGAAAACUGGAGCGCAUACUAUCAGGUGAAUAAGGAAUUUGCCACGAAGACUGUAGAGGCAUUAGAAAGAUGUUUGAAGCAAAAUAAGAACCCAGGUGUGCCGAUCGUGUGGAUUCACGAUUACCAUCUAAUGCUGGCGGCCAAUUGGGUUCGCGAAGAAGCAGAUGAAAAGAACCUACCAUGUCACAUAGCAUUCUUCCUGCACAUCCCAUUCCCGCCGUGGGAUAUCUUCCGUCUGUUCCCUUGGUCAGAUGAAAUUCUACAAGGAAUGCUAGCGUGCGACAUGAUCGGUUUCCACAUUCGAGAUUACUGCUUGAACUUCGUGGACUGUUGUCAGCGAAAUCUCGGUUGCCGAGUCGACCGAAAGAACCUACUCGUCGAGCACGGAGGUAGAUCCGUCCGUGUACGACCCCUGCCGAUUGGAAUCCCCUUCGAAAGAUUCGUCGAACUGGCCAAAAAGGCGAAGCGUGUCCUCAGGACCAACCAGAAGAUCAUCCUCGGUGUAGAUCGGCUGGACUACACCAAAGGAUUGGUCAACCGCCUCAAGGCUUUUGAAGUACUUCUGGAGAAACAUCCAGAGCAUCGAGAGAAUGUCAGCAUGCUUCAAAUUUCGGUUCCUUCGCGUACUGAUGUGAAGGAAUACCAAGAACUGAAGGAAGAAAUGGAUCAGCUUGUGGGAAGGAUAAAUGGUCGAUUUACCACGGCCAACUGGUCUCCAAUCCGGUACAUUUACGGCUGUGUUGGCCAGGAAGACUUGGCCGCUUUCUACCGGGAGGCCUCGGUAUGUCUCGUAACACCACUCCGCGACGGAAUGAACCUGGUCGCCAAAGAAUUCGUCGCCUGUCAAAUCAACGAACCACCGGGAGUUCUGAUCGUAUCGCCCUUUGCCGGAGCAGGAGAAACCAUGCACGAGGCCCUGCUUUGCAACCCAUACGAAAUCGAAUCCGCAGCGGAAGUGAUACAUCGGGCUUUGACCAUGCCCGAAGACGAGCGCUCGUUACGGAUGGGACGCAUGCGAAGGCGGGAAAUGCAACAGGACGUCAACAGCUGGAUGCGACAGUUCCUAAAAGCCAUGGAUUCAUUGGAAGAGGAUGAAAUCGGUACCACUACGAUGCACCCGGUCACUGUGGAUGACUUCGAUGAUUACCUUUUGAACUACGUCGGAUACAAUCACAAACUGGCCCUACUGUUGGAUUACGACGGUACUCUGGCACCGAUCGCACCCCACCCAGAUCUGGCAACACUGCCACCAGAGACCAAGAACGUACUUCAGCGAUUGUCGAACCACUCGGACGUGUACAUUGCGGUCAUCUCCGGUCGAAAUGUGGACAACGUCAAAGCCAUGGUCGGAAUCGAAGGUAUCACCUACGCCGGAAACCAUGGCCUGGAGAUUGAGCAUCCAGAUGGCAGUAAAUUCAUCCAUCCGAUGCCCAUGGAGUACGAGGGCAAGAUGACCAAACUGCUCAAGGCCUUGCAAGAAGAGGUUUGUCAUCAUGGGGCAUGGGUUGAGAACAAGGGCGCUCUGCUGACGUUCCACUACCGGGAGACGCCGAACGAGUGGCGAUCCAAACUGGUGACCAAGGCGCGCCAGUUGAUCAUCGACAACGGGUUCAGCGUCACCGAAGCGCAUUGCGCCGUGGAAGCGAAACCUCCGGUCCAGUGGAACAAGGGUCGAGCCUCGAUCUAUAUCUUGCGGACGGCAUUCGGAGUGGAUUGGAGCGAGCGGAUCAAGAUCAUCUACGCUGGUGAUGACGUGACCGAUGAGGACGCGAUGAUGGCCCUCAAAGGUAUGGCAGCCACGUUCCGCGUCACCAACGCUCAGAUAGUCAAAACGUCAGCCGAGCGGCGUCUCCCGUCGACGGAUUCCGUGCUGACGAUGCUGAAGUGGGUCGAACGGCAUUUUAUGCGCCGUAAGCCCCGUUCCAACAGUCUGACCUAUAAAAACCGCAAGAAGGACUGCGUCAAGAUGCAGCUGGCGUUCGAACUGGUCCCAAGUCCCAAUCACAGUGCCGCCAACAGCUCCGACGAGCGGGAUUAGAGGCAGUGAGUGGUAGCACCCACUCGAUGAUUUUAGCGAAGCAAAUUUUUGUUUUAAUCUAGGGUCUUUUAAAUAGUUCUAGGAUUUUACAAGUGUACACAAGUGAAAUAUGAUUUUGCUUACUGUUUUUUGUUUCGAAUGUUUCUCUUACUGUGAGAUUAAAAAAAACUGAAUAAAUAAAUUCUAGGUAGAUCUUAA